AUGUUGCUGGAGGAGUUCUGCGUGAAGGUCUAUUGGUGGCCAUUUCUCUCGUAUUUGGCCAGCAUCAAGGGACUGUGUCCGCUGUAUCCGACAGGUUACUAUCCCAUCUAUCCGCUGCCACCACCGCCGCCACCACCGCCUCCGCCACAGCCAGUUACACUAAUUCCAUUCCCGUCGUCCACGUCCGCAGUGAUACCAACGUUUCAACCCACGCCGCCGCCUCUAACGCUGCCACCGUUCCCACCACCGCUCACCACAACAACUACUACGACCACGUCGACAUCGUCCACGUCAUCGACGACAACAAGUGCUGCCACCACAACGACGAGCACGGCAGGCACAACGUUGCCAGUGCCCACCACGUGUCCAUCGCAACCUUUUGUUUGCCUGCCCGGUGGCGUGCCUCCGUUGCCCAAUUGUCCCUGCAUCGAUCCUCGCCAGCAGCAGCAGCAACCACAGCAGUUAAGAGCCACCGUUGGCUCGGAUAUGAUGAUAUUUGUGCCGCUGAAUCCAGGUCGACGUCGCCGUCGUCGGCCCCAGCAACAAAGCUGCUAUGAUGCACGUUCCCGCUCCGGGAGCUGUGUCCCUCUCACCUCCUGCGCCCAGCUGCUUGAGCAGGUGCAGACAGGCGCCUCCAGCGAGUUUCAAACGUUUUUGGGUCAAUCCAUUUGUGGCUUUGAUGGCUCCAGUUUUCUGGUUUGCUGUGCUGAGCAGCGUGCGCCGCUGAUUAGCCGCAGUCCCAAGGAGUAUGUGCCGCCCACUAGCUCAUCACUGGGUGCCUUUCAAUUCUCUCCUUUGGGUGUUCCAACUAUACAGAGUCCGCAGUCCACGCCGAUGGUCUUUCAGCCCACACCCCCGUUUAAUCAAGGUGCGUUGGUCAUCAGACCAACUCCUGCUUUGCCAGCUCCAGGUUUUCCCUCAGCUUCCCCCUCAGGUAACAGCGUUUGCGGUAUUGGCGGUGCAACCACAAAUCGUGUGGUGGGCGGUUUGCCGGUCCGAAAAGGCGCUUAUCCCUGGAUGGCAGCUCUUGGCUACUACGAUGAAAACAAUCGCAGUGCACUGAAGUUUCUCUGCGCUGGCAGCUUGAUCAGCGCUCAGUUUGUGAUCACCUCGGCGCACUGCAUCAAUCCCACUCUGACUUUGGUGCGACUGGGUGCCCAUGAUCUGACCAAGGCUGCAGAGCAGGGUGCCAUUGAUUAUCGCAUCAGGCGUAGCAUUGUGCAUGAGAACUUUGAUUUGGCUUCCAUUGCGAAUGAUAUUGCGUUGAUCGAGCUGAACGGCGAAGCGCCAUCUAACGGCGACAUUCGACCCAUUUGCUUGCCCGAGGGCAACAAUUUUCAGCGCGAAGAUGCGUUUGUUGGCAUGCAUCCGUUUGUGGCAGGUUAUGGGGCAACUAAACAUCAGGGCGCCACAUCGAAUGUGCUACGCGAUGCUCAGGUGCCGAUUGUGUCGCGUCAGAGCUGCGAACAGAACUAUAAAUCUGUUUUUCAGUUUGUCCAGUUCAGUGACAAGUUGAUUUGCGCCGGCAGCUCCACUGUGGACGCCUGUCAGGGGGAUUCCGGUGGACCACUUAUGAUGCCUCAGCUCGAUGGAGGCGGUUAUCGUUUUUACUUGCUGGGGAUUGUAUCCUUUGGCUAUGAGUGCGCCAGGCCAGGAUUUCCUGGAGUCUAUACGAGAGUUAGCAGUUACUUGGGCUGGAUUCACAAUAAAUUGAACUCCCAAAGGGGCAAAAGGCGCUGAUCCCAUUU